AUGUUCGCAGACGUGUACUACGACACUUACAAACAGUACAAAGCUGCGACCAAGACCGUGGUCCAGUGGCUGGCGGCAACUGCGGAAACCCUGCGGCCCACGGCACGACCUUCCUCACAGCAGGCGAAGGCGCAACCAAUCACGCUGCCAGUCGACGUCCUCCCUCAACUUGCGCAACAGAUCGCGGACAACGAGGAGGGCAUACCUUCAGUACCACGACACAUUCUACAGACGCUGAGAAGCGUCAUCUCUGGGCGCAAAGCAUGCGCGGCUUUUCACUCGGCGAAGGGCACCGGGGAGUCGCCGAGCGACAGUGGGCAUCGACACUUCGUCGGGGUCCUGGAAGACGUCCAGCACAUUCUGCGCAAUCUUGAUCCAUGUCAUACUUCUUCGAGUCUCGAUCGAGAUGAGCCGGCGCCCUCGGACGAUGGUGAUUCUGUGACCAAUCUCUUCGAGCACCUGGAACUCCAUGAUUUACCCGAUCUUGCCGGUGAAGCUGAGGAUGGUCCAGCACCAACCAAAGCCAAGAAAUGCGCUCCAGUCCCUCAGUACAACGUGACAAAGUCUCAUCAGGAUGAUUUGGAAGAGAGCUUUUUCGCCGCGACGUGCUUCGUACGCGACGUUGACCGCAUCCGGGAACACUUGCGAACUCUGUGGCGGGGCUACCGCGAGCGCAACGUGUCAAUCACCGUGGCUUCUAUCACGACAAACCUAGCUCUUGCUGCUAUCCAGCGAAUGCAUUGUGCAUUGGCAGAGGACUUUCCCAGAUGCAGUACUUACGAAGGUCUGUACAAUCUGAUCUACAAGAAGCCAAUCGAUUUCUCUUGGCCUGAGAAUACCAUAACUAACGUGGGAGUCCCUCGGCUCGACUACCUUGGCUCGCAUGUCCUUCUACCAGGACAUCGGGUGUUCAUUGUACUCGUUCAUCAAAAGAAAGUUCGUGAGAAAGGCAAGUUUCAAGACUCUCAUAGCCGCGACAAUGGCUUCGAUUGGGUCCUAAAGUGCGCCGACGGCCUUCCCUACCGCAAACAAGAUGUGGUCACUCAAAUUCUCUCCAGACUUAUCCCGGACAUGAUAGGUCUCAUUCGCGAGAUCGGUGGCACCUCCAGGCCCGUGGACCAGCUUACAGCCUACAUCUGGGACUUCUUCCAAUCCGCAAACAUCACCAUGCCGCUGAUAAUCGCACUCGAAGUAUUUCUGGACACACUCUUUGUACUUGGGGGUGAUGUUUCCUCGCCUUUUGCUUUGUUGCGGGAGGCGGCAGCUGGAGCCUCUGCUGCUGUGGCUCGGUACCAAGUCCACACCAAGGAGGUUCUGAAGUGUGAUAGUGCCGAUCCCGAAGUAGCUGAGUCCAUGGGCAGGUUGGAAUUCUUCAUAAGCAAUCAUGUUUCGACGGAUCUUGUUGCGAGGUUCCGCAAGAGACUUGGUUUUGAGCACAAGGGCAUCACUCCAUUCUGCCUCUUGAAACAUCAUCCUGCUCUCUGCGGAACGAUUCUUCACUACAUCAACAACGAGAUGUACUACCUAGGGCUUUGUGCCACGCACGAUUGGAAGUGCAUGAUGUCCGUCAUUCACCUGUACAACGCCGCUCAACAAACUGGGCUUCUCCUGAAGCGAUGGGCGGACAUCGAAACUGUCAUCGGAUUCUAUGGAUCAGCAGAAGUCUUCCUCGUGAAGCGAGAGUCUCGCAAAAAGUCAGCACACAAGAAAUCUCGUCCACUUCACGCAAAGCGGAGGGCGUCACGGUAUAUGGACUUUCAGACGCCCUUGCUCAAGCUCAUGCGUUCCAGGGACGGGGAGAACAGUGUGGAGCAAAGCUCAGCGGCGUUGUUUGAUGCCGAGCAAGUAGUGAACACAAUGGCAGCAAAAGUAGGCACUGUGACUGGAGACACAGGCCGGAUACUGCAGCAGUGGAAAGACCGCAAAGUCGUCACUCCUCUGGAACUGCUUAAGUUGAUACAGCAUGGCGUGGAGUUGGAAGAGCCGCAACAUCAAUUCGACUUCCUUGGGCUGAAUUAUCGCUGCAUCGAACUGCUCAGACGUACAAGGGACCACCUCCAGGAAUUCUACUCUGGCUUCAAGGCUUGUGCGAACAACAAGGUUUUGUACAUGGUUGUGCAAACGAUACUACAGGAUGAGCAGAAGAGAGGUGGUUUGCGCGCAUCAGGCGGGACUACCGGAGCGAAAGGAGAGAUCACCUUGCUCCCCAUAGCUGCACAGCGCAUGGACACCCUCAUCACGAGCGAGGGCUGGCUGGCGACCAAGAAGAUGAAGGAGCUGUGCUCGCAACCUACCCCUGUCUUCUACGGACCGCCUAGGCCGCCUGCAUCAUAG